AUGUGCACCCUAGUAGCUGUUCUCCUCGUCGCGGCCCUCUCAGUGGCGGCCGCAGCGCCAUCUGCGCUCUUGGCGCCAGGAGCGGCCCUAGCCGGCCCUCUGUUGGGCCCCGCUGCCCUCAGCGGCCCGAUCGUAGGGCCCUCCGCCCUCGCUGGACCAGUGGUUGGACCUGCUCGCCUCUCCGGAGCCGUGGACGGUGGCGCUGUGGUGACUGGCGCAGUUGCUGGACCCUCCCUAGUUUCCGGUAGCGUGGUUGGUGCCGCUGCUCCAUGGUCAGCGCUGGCUGCACCCGCUCUUCUGAACCCUUGGGGAGCCGUUUUAGCUGGACCACAUGCACCACCCGCAGCACUGGCUGGUCCUAUCACCGCUCCAGCUUUGAUCGCCGGACCAUCGGGUAGUAUAGCAGCUGGACCAGCUGGAGUAGGAGGAAUCCUUCGCGCCGAUGGACACUGGUAAUCUCUCCGCCGCCGUUGUUACACCAUGGACACCGAUACCCCUUAAAAACGACAUCUUCGACUGAUCUCCUCCGAUGCCUGCCAUUUUGAA